GACCUUAUCCACAUCGCCAUUCCUUUCUGGCAGCACCGCUUCUCCUUUGUCUUCUCUCUAUCCAUCCAGCGGCUCUGCUCUCCUUCCUCUCUCUCUCUCCGUGCUGCAGUCACACACACGCCCACGGCCCGGCAUUCACCUCUCUCUUCUUCCUCCACAAUGAACCAAGCACCACUCUCUGCUGGACCGUGGCGGCAGAAUCGAGCACGGGCCGUCUUGCCAAUGACCGGUGGCUGCUUCGCGUUCGUCGACAGAUUGCGAUGCUGCUGCUGCUCGUAUGGGCUCCCGGUGACCGGGCCAGCACGCGUUGGGGCUGGCUGGGCUCCUAGCAGCCGGCCUCCCCGCCUCCUCCAACAUCGCCUGGAGAGGAGCUCCUCUGUGCUUCCGAGCCGCCUCCUCGAGCAGGGCAGCCAGAGGGAAGGGAGUCGCCACAUGGAACACAACUGGAACGCCCCGCCUUAGAGCUCACUGCCUCCGGCAACCUCUCUGUCGGCCUCGUGCUCCUCUGUCUUGAGCACCCCCUCCUGGCCGCCGUCCAUCUCUUGGUGGUGCCUGUUAGGCAGGCGUUGAUGCUUAUCCUCGGUUCUCUCUCUGUCAGAUGUCUCCUUUAGGCCGAGGAGGAUGAGUGGGGCUCUCGCAACUGGGCAGCUGCGGCCGCGUUAACUGAGGGCGAGCACGCGUGUCCUACGCAUAUGGCCCCUCCUCCGCGCCUCCGCUCCUGCUCCUCCUCUCGCCCGGGCAGCGUCCCACCCACGCCCUUCAUGUGCUCGCCGCCGUUGUUCUGCACCCGAUCGGAUCGGGAGCGCCGUAGCUCGAUACAGCCCAAAAAGAUCUUGAACCGUUUUUUCUUUAACUCACCGAGGACUGCGGGUUGAAUAGCCGAAAUAGUAGAGGGUUUUCUGCAAACAUUCUGACGUAUGACCAGAAGCACUCCGUGCUUUAUUAGUAGGGAAAAGAUAUACAUGUCAACUAUUUCAUGCCCUCUUUUUUCCACACUAUCUAUUGCAUCUGUCUCUCAUACAA